UUCUGAGGGCCAGGUGGAGCACGGUCACUUGGGGGUCAUCCCAGCCCAGGGCCCAUCUCGGCUGCUCCCCAGGUUACAAACCUUAAAUCGCGUGUUUGACAGAAAAUAUAAAGAGUUGUGUCCUGGUAAACUGCAGAGACAGGGGUUGGGCAGGACACGCGACGUGCUGCCGCGCCGUUUGGUAAGUCAUAAGGCAAAAAGUGCGAAAACGUGCGAAAACGUGCCCUGCUUGGAUGGACGUGUCCUGCCGGCGUAUCGACACGCGUUUGAAGGAAAUUGAAGGAACAGUGAGGCUGUUAUUAGAAGAUAUUCAGAAUUGCUAGAGACGGUCCGUAAAGGAGGGGGAGAAAAUGCCAUCUUGUGUCACACUCAGCGAAACAAGAAGCUGUGUGUUCAUGAACACCUGAUUGAUGAUGAGCGUUUCCUUGAGCUGUCUCCACUGGGAGGCCUGAAUAUGCCCUAUGGUGACGUCGCUGCUGCUGGGUGCCUUACUGGAACUGGACAAAUCAGUGGGGUCUGGUGUGUCUUCAUGCCAACUGAUGCAAGUGUAAAAGGAGGAACUAUUUAUCCCAUUGGAGUGAAGACAAGAGCUCAGGAAGUAGCUGUGCAGAACAGACUGGUGUCUCUGUACCUUCUUGACAGCGGGGUUUUUUCGAGAGGGGGGGGGACCAUCCCUGCCGCUACAGAGCUGUUUCCUGACAAGUCGCACGGUGGCAGGAUUUUCUGCAAUGAAGCAAUGAUGUCCGCCAGGAGAAUCCCGCAGGUGGCAGUGGUGUGCGGCUCCUGCGUAGCCAGAGGUGCCUGUAUUCCAGCCAUGGCAGAAGAAGCUGUGAUUAUAGAUAAAUUUUUUUCCUUGCUAGCUGCCUCUGGUAAAAGCUAUGUCUCUCCUGAGGACCUAGGAGGAGCCAAACUGCACUCUAAGGUCAGUGUCUGUAGUGACCAUUUUGCAUCUUCAGAGAAGGAAGCCUAUGAAUGCCUUCGAAAUGUUAUCUCAACAUUGAAUGAUGAUCCACUGCCAAAGGAGGUCAUCGAGGCUGACAGUCCUCCAAACAGUUCUGACGAGCUCCUGCGACUGGCACUGUGGGAUUAUAGGUGUUCUCUUCCUGUACAAUUGAUUCUGAGCUGUCUGAUGGACGGAAGCAGAUUCCAGGAAUUCAAGGCUCAUUAUGGAACAACGUUAGUAACAGGCUUUGGCCAGGUGAAGGGUAAGGCUGUAACAUUUCACUGUCAGAAUGAGAGCCCAGAGUCCUGGCUCCUUUGUGGGAGAUCAUUCAGUCCAAACUUUCUGUUCCUGUGGCCCAGUGCAAGAGUUGCUCUUGUGGAUUCAAGACAUUUCUCUACAGUCCCACAGGCUGGGGACAGUGACUGUACAGGAGAUGAAUCGGAGCUAAAGCAGCUGAAAGAAAAGCUAGAGAAGGAAAGCAGUGCCUUUUACUUCUCUGCCAGACUCUGGGACGAUGGUGUCACUCUGCCUCAGAAUACCAGAAAGGUGGUUGGGCAGUGCUUAGGUAGCACAGAGCAGCAGAAGGACCAGGCGGUAUCUCCGUGUCGGGAUCCUGGCAGCAGAAUGUGA